UGCAUAGGUUUAUGACCACCAAAGUAAGUCUACAACUUCUCAGUAUAAGUUUCCUUGUUCCGAAAACUCCUUGUGAUCUUCUUCAAGUCUCUGUAAACUUGAUUACAAGUCUUUACUCCCAAGAUUUACAACAUGGGGUUCCGUCUUCCAGCUGUGAUUCCGGCUAAGAAACUUUUUCGGCGAUCUUUUUCAAAUUCAAGUCAAGGAGCGUCGUAUAAUUUAUCAGAUGUCCCUAAAGGUUGUUUUCCAGUUUAUGUUGGUGAGAGUGAGAAGCAGCGGUUCGUUGUUCCUAUAUCAUUCCUCAACCACCCUGCAUUUCAAGACUUGCUGAGUGACGCUGAGGAGGAAUUCGGAUUUGAUCACCCAAUGGGCGGUCUAACAAUUCCCUGCAGACAAGAUGCCUUCCUUGAUCUUAUUUGUCGCUUGAAAGCAUUGUGAGAUUGGAUAAUGGAGAACGAUUACAUGAACUCGUCUCUGUGAUUGUCACAAUUUUGUGCAAUGGAAUAUUUACACAUUUUUUUCCGAUUGAGGAGGGAGAAUUAUUCACCCCAGAUCGGAUUUGUAUGUAAAUGUAGACUUUAGCAAUAUUCAUUGCUUCUUUACAAUAUAGAAAAACAUUCCUUAUCUA